GCUCAACCCCAUGUAGACAAAUCAGCUCGCUUGGAGCCGACGCCUCGUGGCCGCACCGCACCGCACCGCAGCGCGCGCGCGCGGUCGAACACCUCGCGCGCAUCCAUGGCCACCCACCUCCUCACUCCUCCCAGCCUCCAACCCACCCUCUCCUCCCCCUCCGCCGCUCGCCUCCGCACCGCCGCAUCUCUCGCGCACCCGCUCCUCCCCUCCCGCCUCCGCCUCGCCACCCCCCGCGCCCGCCCUUUCCCGCGGCGCCGCGCCAUGUCCGCCACGGUCCGCAGCUCCCUCAUCGACCCGGACGGCGGAGCGCUCGUCGAACUCGUCGCCCCGCCCGACCGCCGCGCGGCGCUACGCGCGGAGGCGGAGGCGCUCCCGCGCGUGCGCCUCGCCCCCGUCGACCUCCAGUGGGCGCACGUGCUCGCCGAGGGAUGGGCAAGCCCGCUCCGCGGGUUCAUGAGGGAGGCGGAGUACCUGCAGAGCCUACACUUCAACUGCAUCCGACUCCCCGAUGGAGGCCUCGUCAACAUGUCGCUACCCAUCGUGCUCGCCAUUGGGGACGCCGAGAAGGAGCAGAUCGGGGACAAGCCCGACGUCGCGUUACAAGGGCCGGAAGGUGGUGUCGUCGCAAUCCUGCGCAGAGUUGAAAUAUACCCCCACAAUAAAGAAGAAAGAAUUGCAAGAACAUGGGGCACAACUGCACCUGGUUUACCCUAUGUUGAUGAGGCGAUCACAUCAGCUGGGAACUGGCUAAUUGGUGGUGAUCUGGAGGUGCUGGAACCCAUCAAAUAUAAUGAUGGUCUUGAUCACUACAGACUUUCACCCCGGCAACUUCGGAAUGAGUUUGACAAGCGGGCAGCUGAUGCUGUGUUUGCCUUCCAAUUGAGAAAUCCAGUACACAAUGGGCAUGCACUAUUGAUGAAUGACACUAGAAGGCGUCUCUUGGAAAUGGGCUACAAGAACCCCAUUCUACUGCUACACCCUUUAGGUGGUUUUACGAAAGCAGAUGAUGUCCCACUGCCUGUUAGAAUGGAACAACACAGCAAGGUCUUAGAAGAUGGAGUACUCGAUCCCGAGACUACUAUAGUGUCUAUAUUUCCCUCGCCAAUGCAUUAUGCUGGUCCAACAGAAGUGCAGUGGCAUGCAAAGGCCCGGAUCAAUGCUGGUGCCAAUUUCUACAUAGUAGGCCGUGAUCCUGCUGGGAUGGGACAUCCAACAGAAAAGAGGGAUUUGUACAACCCGGACCAUGGGAAGAAGGUCCUAAGCAUGGCUCCAGGUUUGGAGAAACUCAACAUAUUGCCCUUCAAGGUAGCAGCAUAUGAUACUGUGGCAAAGAAGAUGGCCUUCUUUGAUCCUUCCCGUAGUCAAGAUUUCCUGUUCAUCUCAGGAACCAAGAUGCGUACUUUCGCAAAAAAUGGAGAGAAUCCUCCAGACGGUUUCAUGUGCCCUGGUGGGUGGAAAGUUCUUGUCGACUACUACAAUAGCUUGCAAUCUGAAGAAGCGGUUCCGGCUCCUGUAUGAGACAAGCUGCUGUUUGGCUAUGAAAUUAUUCAAUGGCCCAUGAUUCACACAUCAUUUGAGCUUUUCCUUAUUUUUUAGUUCUUUUAGGUUGAUAGUUGAUUGAUGUGAUCACAUCUUUCGCAUUGUUCAUUUUUCAACACAUGAGAUUGUGAAAGCUUGACAAACCGCAUUAUUAUUGUUCUGUAAUCGAGCCAGUUCUCUUAUGCAAUAAAAGAUGAAUCUCUUUACA